GGAAAGUCAUAAAAAACAGGGAGGCUACACAAUGUCUACUAAUCCCUUUGUCGGACCGGACCCGUUGGUUUUUGAUCCAUUUUUGUCAAUACGACCCUAAUCUUUGAAAAGGCCAGUUAAAAGGAGGAAAAUUCACUUUUCACUCCCGAAGAGGAGGAGGACGGAAAUGGAGGACAGCCUGGAGGGUUUAAUAGAACCGACAACAUGCACACAUAUACUUGAGAUUGAAAAAGAACAUUUAAUAGGAAUAAUAGAUGAUUUUGACACACCGGAAAAUUCACCCGAAUGUUACACGUGCAACAAUACCACCUCCAUAUGGCUUUGCCUCCACAAAGACUGCAAACGUUACUUCUGCUCAAAAAAUACAAACCACCAGUUCAACCAUUAUAAAGCCGAUGAACGACAUUGUCUGCAACUUGAUACUUCAAACCUUUCGUUUUAUUGUCAUGAAUGCCAGGUAGUUAUUUACAUCACCGAGAGGUUGAGGCUUGUUGAAGUGAGGCGUGGAGGCUGGCCGCGUGGCGUUAUCGGCCUUCCAAAUCUUGGCAACACUUGCUACAUGAAUAGCGCGCUUCAGGCACUACUCAAUUCUCCUCCUCUUGUAUCGUACUUCAUUUCGAGGAGCUUAGAUUCUUCGCGGCCAGGUCGACGGAGAGAAGGCAGCCUCUCGACAGCAUUCCAGCAACUAGUAAUUUGCAUGCUCUCAAGAAAGACUCCUCCGCCGAAUUUGCUAUUUAUGAUAAGGUCUGCCCAUCCAAUGUUCAGGGGUUUUCAACAGCAUGAUUCUCAGGAAUUUCUUAGAUGUUUCAUGGAUGGACUACAUGAAGAAAUGAAGAAAAUUUCAAUGGAAACAAACCAUCAACAAUGUAGUUGUGAGACUAACCAACAGCAGAAAAAUGAUGAAACUGAAGAAUCGGAUGAUGCAGAUGAUUAUUAUGAAUCGUGCGACUCUGAUGUCUCUGAGAAAUCAUCUUUAUCAUUUUCAAGGUCUGCUUCACCUCUAACAACACAAGAACCACCUAGUGACAAACACGGCAAGUGUAAAAAAAACCAGUGCAAAAGUAUAAUAAGUGAUAUAUUUGAUGGCAUAAUAUUGAGUUCUGUUCAGUGUUUAACAUGCAACCGGGUUUCAACAAGGGUAGAAACUUUUCAAGAUUUAUCUCUGCCGAUUCCAUCUAGAGACCACCUGAACCUUUUGCACCAAAGCUCAAAUCAAGCCACUCAGAAAUGUUCCCACUAUGGGAACGAACAAGGUUGGUAUUCAUGGUUUAUGGACUGGCUCAGUUCUUGGUUCUGGGGGCCGACUGUAUCAUUGCAUGACUGCCUUUCUGCUUUCUUUUCCGCUGAUGAACUCAAGGGUGACAACAUGUACAGUUGCGAGAAGUGCCGGAAGCUGAGGAAUGGCAUAAAAUUCUCUAAAAUGGUGAAGACUCCUGAGAUACUCUGUGUCCACUUGAAACGAUUCCGCCACGAUCAUGUAUUUUCAUCGAAAAUCGCCUCCCACAUAAAAUUUCCCAUGGAAGGACUUGAUCUCAAGCCAUACAUUGAUGAAGACAGUCAAGACUGCAUUACAAGGUACAACCUCAUCAGCGUGAUUUGCCACCAUGGAACUAGUGGUUCUGGAGGACAUUACACCACUUAUGCCUUAAAUUCAAGUACAAACCAAUGGUAUCAUUACGAUGAUAUGCUGGUCACUAAGGUGAGCUGGGAGGUAGUAAAUUCUUGCCAGGCUUACGUUCUUUUUUACAGGAGGGAAGCAGAGAGAUUGAAAAAGUAUAGAACUAAGUUUAAAACAAUUGAAAAUAACAAUUCCGAUAUUGAAACAACCUGUCACGUUGCCAAUUUUGACGAAGAUUGAAAGAAAUGAGAGUAGGUAUAAUGUAAAUAUGUUUUAAAUUGUAAUUAUAUGAUGUAAAGUGUUUCUUAUUCUAUAUCAUAAAUUCUCUUUAGCAUUUGCUUUAAACAAAAGUGUAAAUAUGCAUGUUUUCCUUAUUUUGUUUUACUUCAGAAAUAUUCAUUUCAAUGUUAGUAAA